ACAAAAACAAAAAAACAGAGAGGAGAGAGAGAACGGUUACCUACCUUUCUCUUUAACUUUUCUGUUGAAAAAAAUAAUAAUAAAAUGAAAGAAAGAAGUACCGUUUGAAGGCGAAGAACCGGGGAAGGACUGGUAGAGAAAUUUCAUGAAGGUUAGGUUAGCUCAAGUUUAAACCAAAAAAACAGCUAGCAAGUUUCAACAAAAUGACGUAGAAAAUAUUUACCAUAAAAAAUCAAAGCCGGAAAAAAUGUUCAACACAAGAAGAAGAGAAAGUGACAGGCUUUACCUAAAGAAGAAGAAAAAAAAGUAAAAUAAAUAUAUGAGACAAAAAAAAAAUUUUAAAAAAAAAAAGGCAAGAGCAAAAGAAACAAAAAUAGAGAACCAAAAGGGAGUAUUUGUUUGGAACACCAAGUUGGAUUGGUGUUUGGUGGAAAAGAAAAGGAAAAACAAAAGGAUUAGAAAAUUAAUAUUGGAGUCGAUGAAGUGGGAGGUGAUAGAAGAUGUGGCAAUGAUAGGAGGGUUGGUAGGGGUGCAAUUUGUGUAUGCUGGGAAUUCAUUGUUGUUAAGUUAUCUAAUGUCUCUUGGUCUAAGUCCCUUCACCAUUGUCAUCUUCUCUACUUUUGCCACAUUCCUCAUCCUAUCUCCGGUCGCCGUCUAUUUCGAAAGGAGUAAAUGGCCAAGGGAACUAACUUUGAAGCUGAUGAUUCAGCUGGCGUUAAUAUCCUUUGGGGGGGUAACUUUAUUCCAAUCCCUAUUCCUCAAGGGAAUCAAGUUAACAUCACCAGCAAUGGCAACAGCCAUGCCAAAUCUUGCUCCAGGGCUUAUUUUUAUAAUUGCAUGCACCGUAAGAUUAGAGAGAAUAAAUUUUAAUUGCUUAUAUAGCAAAGUGAAGAUUGUAGGGACUUUGCUGUGUGUGUUAGGCGCUCUCACAAUGAGCAUAAUGCACAGCGUCACAGCACCACCCUCAAAAGAGGCUCAAUAUAUGGCAACUCCACCACCGAAUGUUAUCUUCGACAAGUCGAAGAUCAUCGGCUGCUUGUAUCUGCUCGCCGCAGUCUUCGUUUUAUCCUCCAAUGUUGUCUUGCAGGCUUUCACGUUGGGUGAUUUUCCUGCACCAAUAUCGUUGUGCGCCAUAACAUCCUUGAUCGGGGUAUUCAUAACUGGAGCUGUGCAGCUAUUUCAAGACCAUAAGUUUGAAAUUGGUUUGCCAUUUGUGAGCGUUGGAGACAUGAUUGGCUAUUCUGUUCUGGGAGGUGCAGUAAGCGGGGCAUGUGUGAGCUUCAACGGGUGGGCGAUGAAGAAAAGAGGGCCAGUUCUAGUUUCCAUGUUUAACCCCAUUUCCACUCUCUGCUCUGUCAUUCUCUCAGUUGUCACCUUAGGAGACACCGUUAGUUUAGGAAGUCUUGCUGGAAUGUUCCUCAUGUUUACCGGGCUUUACUUCGUGCUGUGGGCAAAAGGGAAAGAAGGAUAUGGCAAUGGCUUUGAAAAACAAAACCAUGAUGGUGGGAGUAGAUAAAGAUGACAAAGAGUUUGCUUGGGAAGGACAAAUGAAGUUGUGCAUAUCAGACCUAUUCAAUUUUUUAAUUAUUUCUCUUGGGGAGGGGUAUUAUUGGAUUUUUGCAACGAAUUCCAAUAUAGAUUGGCUGGCGGCAAUGCUGCUAGGGAAAAUUUGGAAAUUGUUUCUUUCAUAUUGUCGCUGAUAAGAAAGUUUAAAAUUUCAACAUUUAUUUUCUUUUUCUAUUUUGAUCUUAGGACGGGAUGGGGGAGAUUCAAAUUCAGAAUUUUUGCAUGAAGAAAGAGUAAACUUUACCACUUAGACGUUUAGAAGGACAAAU